AUGAUCGUCUGUGGAGUCGGACUGUUCCUUGAUAAAGAUACACCCACUAAUAAUAAUAAUAAUAAUAAUAAAUUGUUUAAUAUUCUUGGAAUAGGAGAAUUGCUAGUUUUUAUAUCAUUGUCAUUGGAUGGGGUCACUGGUGUUCUUCAAGAAAGAUUAAAGGCUUCUCAUAAUGUCUCAGCAUUACAGUUGAUGUUUGGUGUGAACUGUAUUGCUCCUGUUUACCUAAUCACAGGGCUACUAGUCACAGGAGAAGGAUUCAGUGCCCUAUACUUCAUAGGUCGUCAUCCUGAAGUGACUCUAAACUUAAUAGCAUUCAGCCUUGCCAGUGCUAUUGGCCAGUUAUUCAUAUUCACAACAAUAACAACAUAUGGUCCACUAACAUGUGCUGUCUUUACCACCACUCGUAAAUUCUUCACAAUACUAAUGUCAGUUCUGUUGUUUGGGAACACUUUGCUUCAAAGACAAUGGGUUGCUGUGGCCCUAGUCUUCAUUGGCCUAUCAAUAGAUGCUUACAUUGGCUCCAAGAAGAAGACGGAGCAAACUAAACAGCAGCAACAAACUCAGAUAGCUUAAUUAUUAUUUAAUUAUCUCAUCUUUCUCUUUUAUAAAUAUUUUUCAAUAAUUAAAA